UGAAUAGUCUGGAAUGCGCGCCGUUGCUUACAAACCGGUCGCGAUACGGACGGCCACGGGUGCGACACGUAACGAGGCCGCGACGUUGCCGCUCUGUGCGCGACGUUGCCGCGGCCGCGCAGUAGCGACGGCGACACGAGCCCGAUACGAUGCCCCUGCCUUUCAACAAGAAUUUAGACUUAAAACUACUAAAAUUAGUCAAAGAAAAUCCAAUUCUAUACAACACGAAGCACUCGAAAUAUUUGGAUUUUGAUUCAAGAGAAGUUGUUUGGCAGAAAAUUGGAGACGCUUUAAACAGGCCAGCGCUCGUAUGCAAAUCAAGAUGGAUAAACAUCAGAGACAUGAUGAGGAGGAAGGUCAGGGAUCGGCUGCGGAACCCCAACGCACACAGCUACAAGUACAAGUACGAAGACGAGAUCUCCUUCAUGAUGCCGUACUUCAGGGAGUCAUCUUCCACCAGCACCACAGCUGAAGAGUACCCAGAAUUCCUCGACGAGCCGUGCGAAGUGGAAAUGCCUUCAGAAGUCUUCGUGGAUGAGACACUAGACUUCGAUGAACCAAGGGAAACGAAACCUGUAUUCAGGAAAAGGCAGACUGAUGAAGUGUCAGCUAAUUCCUCAAGGGAUUUCUCAGAACAGAUGUUCCAAGAAUUAAACCCUGCUGAUCCUUUAGACGUGUUCCUCUUAACCAUAGGCUCGACACUGAGGAAGUUCAGCCCCUAUUACCUGAACCAGGCGAAGAGCAAGAUCUUCCAGGUGGUCCAAGAUUAUGAGCUGCAGCAGAUUGUGAAUAAAGAUGACCAGACUCCUGGCAGUAGUAGUAAUAGGUAGUGAUAGUUUAGAUUUAGAUUUUUGACAAUAAAUGCUAUUUUUUGAUAUGUU